AUGGGCUACGAGGCGGUCGGCGUGUUCCCCGAGAUGAGCUUCGAGGCGCUCGAGUCGGUGCUGCGCGCUUCGGUGCACAAAGUGCGCCAAUUGCGCCAGCUCGCCCAGCCCACCGGCCUCCUCCAC